CACUUCUAAUCACAGAAAAUGUCAUUUUAAGGUACUUUACUAAAGAACCAGGUCCAGUUCAUGUCACAUAGACAUAUAUGGUGAAAUCAGUCCAGGUAUGAAGCCUCAUUCAUUUACAUACAGUCACAUUCUGUUCAGGUGGAAGCCCACCUGAAUGCAGCAACCGCCCCUCCUGAACAGAACCAGACUCAGUAGAAGUUGUCAUCUGCCCGGCAGAUUUGGGAUUGAGAGGAAAAUAAAAAAAAUGUGCGUUUAGACUAACGUCUGUUGUUUAAAGCGUGAAAUCUCUACAUCUUAUUUCCUGAUGGUAUUAUUAAUCAUAAUCAUCUCUCUUAGAAACCAACAACCUAGUGUGAUGUCAUAGUGAUGUCUACACAUCGUAUUUCCAUACACCCUAGUCGGAGUCAGGACCCACAGUUCGGUUGCGAGCCCAAUCUUGAGAACCUGUCGCCACUGAAAUAUCCGACGCUACGUGAAAGCAUCCCGCUCUGAAGUUUAAAGUGCGGCGGGUUCGAGUCUUCCGCUGCGAGUGCGUCACGUUUGCGCCAAGAACAGAGACCAGGUUUAAAAGUUGGUCUCAGGUUUAGGAGAAACUCAGGCGUUGCUUUUAUUUUCUCAGAGUCAGAGACUGGACCGGAGCCGGGUCAAGUGGACUGUAAAGUUUGUGUGAGCGUGUUUCAGACUCUGCAGAACUUCGCUGCGGUUCAGAAACACAGGAAGGAGUGUCUGUAAGAGCGGAUGUGUGACAAUGAGCCGAGCAGCCUCGGUUCUUCUCUUCGGUUCCUCUGACUUGACAUUUUAGAGACACAUGAGAGGCUCCAGCUGCUGUGGCCCCUCCGUUCGGAUUAUUAGCGACCCGUCCGCUGCUGCUGGAGCCCGGACCGACUUCAACUGAGAGCUACAGUCAAACAAUUAGAUGGAGAGACACAUGGGGACCCAGGGGUCCGGACGGAAAAGGUCCACCAAGAAGGAGAGGUCGACCGCGGAGGACGAUGCCCUGAACCUGAUCGCCAGAGAGGCCGAGGCCAGGCUGGCAGCCAAGAGGGCGGCCAGGGCGGAGGCCCGGGAGAUCCGGAUGAAGGAGCUGGAGCGACAGCAGAAAGAGAUCUUUCAGGUGCAGAAGAAAUAUUACGGUCUGAACACCAGAUUAGAUGAGCGGGCGGACAGUAAAUGGGGAGACAUUGAACAGUGGAUGGAGGACAGUGAGAAGUACUCACGUUCCUCGCGGAUGCACAUGCUGUCAGAUGACGAAGAGCGGAUGUCGGUGGGAAGCCGCGGCAGCGUCGGGGGCUCCUCUUUGCACAAGAAGUCAAAGAAAAAGAAGAAGCAUAAGCACAAAGACAGAGAUAGAACCGGCUGCGAUGACGAGUACAGCGUGCUCUCCGGCAGGAGCUCCAGACUGAGUGAUGAAAGUCGGAUGUCUCAGUCAACUAGACUGGACCUGCAGAUGACUUCUUAUGCUCCCUCUGACUUGUAUGGUCUCAAUGAUCUGUCAUCUCCAAGAAACCCCAGCGUGUCUUUCAAUGGUUAUCAGAGUUCUUUAUAUGAAGACGGUCUGUGCAGCGGGUCCCGCAGAGUCUCCGGCUCCAGCUCACAUCCUGUAGAGUACAGUAGUUACCACAGCUCCAGAGCUUCCAGCAGGGCCAGUUCAGCCCGCACCAGCCCAGUGGACCACUCUGUCGGCUCUGUUGCCAGUUUUCUGAGGAGCGCAGUGAGCAGCAGCGUCCUCUCCAGAGACCUGGACAAUGUCACUAUUCCUGACUUCACUGAAGUGGAGGACAGAGACUAUCAGGAAAAGGGACCUCGAGCAGCUUCAGCGCUCACAGCGGGAACCCUCAACUCGUUAGGUGGGACAUCCUCCAGGAGAGGAAGCGGAGACACGGCUUUUACUGUGGAUGCUGAGAGCUCCAUACGAGAAAUCAAGGAGAUCCAUGAACUGAAAGAUCAGAUUCAGGAUGUGGAAACAAAGUACAUCCAGAACCUGAAAGAAGUCAAGGAUGGGUUGGCAGAAGUGGAGGAGAAGUACCGUAAGGCCAUGGUGUCCAACGCCCAGCUGGACAAUGAGAAAAACAACCUGAUGUACCAGGUGGACACGCUCAAAGACUCGCUGAUGGAGCUGGAGGAGCUGCUUUCUGAGUCGCGGCGGGAAUACGAAGAGAAAGUCAAGGAAUUUGAGCGGCAGAAGCACGCCCACAGUGUGCUUCUGUUCCAGUUCAACGAGAUGAAGGAGACUUUAAAGCAAAGUGAAGAGCUGCUGAAUGAGAUCCGUCAGCUGCGUAUGAAACAAGACGGUUACGUUAGAGAAAUAUCUGACCUCGAGGAGACGGUGGAGUGGAAGGAUAAAAAAAUCGGGGCGUUAGAGCGACAGAAAGAAUAUACUGACGCCAUCCGAAUCGAGCGUGAUGAGCUCAGAGAAGAGGUGGUGAAACUGAAAGAUAUUCUGAAGAAACAUGGAAUAAUCCUGGGACCUGACCUGAACAUCAAUGGGGAUGUUGGAGAAUCGGAAGUCGACGGGUCUCCCGGUGCAGAGCCGGUUUCCCAGUCUGCUCAGGAUUCCCAGACAUCUCCAGCAGAAGGGAACAGUGUGCUCGGCAGCACAGCGGAGUUCAGGGCUUGCAGAGAGGAGGAGGGGAAUCCAGAGCAGCAACAAGAAACACGUGGGGAGGACGAAGAGAAUCACUUGAGCCCUGAUGCAGAGCGUCAUGUUGCUCAAACGAGCUGUGAUGAACCGCCUCCAGAAGAACACGGGACAUCCUUACCCACUGAGGUCCACGACUCUGAAGAAAGUCACCUCGACAAUCAGAUACCUGUAGAUCCAACUGGUUCUCCCGCCUCUAAAGCUAAAGCUGUAAUCAUUCUCAGCCGUGAUCUUCAGCGUAUCCAGACUUCUGAAGAAAACGUUCCACAGACGGAAACGUCUGAGGGGGGUGAGUGCAACAGCCAUCCAAGUUUAAUGGAGACAGAAACUGUUGGUACGACAGAAGGUGUAGCAGAAGAAUCUGUUCCAGAUGGAUCGAACACCGAACCUCAACAAGAGCCUGAGGAGGCAGAAAAAGAUGAGGCUGAGGAAACACCAAGUCAGCCCCAGUCUCAGGUUUCUACAGCUUCAGGGAAGAAGAAGAAAAAGAAGAGGAAAGGCAAGAAGAAAGGGGGAACUCAUGAAAACAAAGACCAACAAAGAGCUGGAACCCAGAAGGAAAACGGGCUCACACCAGAACCUGAUAUCAGUGGAUCCACCCUAAUGGUAUCAAAACUGGAUCAGGACAAUCAAGAACCUGACAGAGUAAAAAGUCCUGAACCCAAUGAAAACCUUUCUCUCAAGGGAAAUCUGCCAGAACCAAACACAGAUCAUGGUUCAGAUAUUGAUGACAACAAGAAAGCUAUGAACAUGAAGAUGUUAGAAGAAGCUGAUGUUCUGGAAUCAACCAAGAGCCCUCGUCUCACAGAAACAAGAGUGGAGCUUGUUGACGACACACAGAACGAGGAACAAACUGCACAAACGGAGAAGCUAGAAUGUGAAGAUCCAGAAAAACCCACUGAAGGUUCUUCUCAUGUUGAAUUCCUCAAAGAAUCUGUAACGAGGUCCGAAACGGAUGAAGAAGAUGCCGAAAUAACCAGCCCUGAUCCAGAAAGCAAUCUUCUCACAUUUAAGAGCAAAGAUGAUCCUGACAGAGGGUCAACAUCGAGUGAAGGUGCCUCUACAAGAGAAGACAUUUCAGGCGUCCGACAGUCAACCACGGGUCACGUUUUAGAUGAUGAACAGAAAACCGUGAACAAAGAGAUGUUGGAACAAACUGAUGCGGUGGGAUCUUCUGAAACAUCUUGUCAUACUGGAACAAGACUGGAGCUUUCUGAGGAUGAACAUAGUGAGGAAAAAUCUCCAAAAUCAGAGAAGCUGGAAUCAGAAGAAGCUGCAGAACUUCCUGAAGGAUUCCUCCAAGAUGAUCCACUCAAAGAAUCUGUACCACAGUCCAUAAUGGCUGAAGAUGAUUGCAGAGCAACUUCAGAAGAAGAAGUAAAUGAAUUCUUAUGUGACCUUGAUCCAGAACCAAAUCUCCUCUCAUCCAAAGGCAAAGAAGAUCCUAACAGACAGUUUGCAUCACAUGAAGACAACUCUACCAUCUCAGGCCUCCAAGAACCCAACACAGAUCCUGUUUCAGGUGACCAUGACCAAGACAAAACUUUGAACACUGAGAUGUUAGAAGAAGCUGAUGCUGUGGAAUCACCUGAAACUCCUGAUGAUAGCAGAGUGGAGCUUGAUGAGGUUCUACAGAACCAGGAAGAAACUUCAGAACCAGAGGGCACUGUAUCAGUGCUGGAAACCACAGAAGGUUCUUCUCAUGCUGAAACAAUCAAAGGGCCUGAUGAGACCCAAAUGGGUGAAGAAGAUGCAAAGCUAUCAUCAGAUUCUGCAACCAGUCCUGAUCCAGAAGGAAGCCUCCUGACAUGUGGGAAGAGUGAAGAUCCUGAUAAAGAGUUUACUCUGAGUGCAGACAGCUCUUCACAAGGAGACAUUUCUGGUGACAAAAACAUCCACACCGAGUCAAAAGCUCUGGAUGCAGAUGAGGAGACAUCUGAGAACAUUGCUAACAACCCUGAUGGUGAAGCUGAAACGCAUGUUCGUGAGGAUGGUCAAGUUCCUGACGAGGAGUCCACAAACGGUUCUGAGAUCACAGAGGAAAAAUCUGCAUCAUUAUCAUCAAACAAUGACGCUGAAGAUCAACCCAUGAACCCAUCAGCCUCUAGCAGCACCAACCCCUCCAUGAAGGAACCACAAAUUGGUCCUGAGGAGGCAGCUGAGCCAAACAAUGGAGAACCAAGGGCAGAGAUCUCUGAAGAAAUUUGUCCAGAUGAUGAUGAUGAUUCACAGAUAAAACAAGACCGUUUAGAAAAUGAAGAGUUGAAUGGAGAAGAAGGAGAACCUGAAGAUCCACCUGAACCGGGCAGUUCGGCAGGAAGAGUAGAUCUAACUAAAGCACAAACCAGAGAGACUGAUUCUGCUGCAGUCUUGACUCAACCUCCCAAACAGGAGGAGAUCCAGUCCUCAGAGGAGAAGGAAGCUUCUCCUGAACAUCCAGAACUUAAAGAUGAGAUCAACUCUUCAAAAUGUCCUCUAGUUCAGCAGAGGAACGAAUCUGACAAGCUGAACUUUGAGGGUCGUGAUUCACCUCCUCAUGUACAGCUGGACAGUGGCGAGGAGGAGGGAGAGGAAGAUGAAGGACAGUCGUUUGAUUAUGAUGACAUGGACAUGGAAGCAGCAAUCGAAUCUGUUGUGUCCGACAAACCUGAACAGGAAGAUGUUGAAGAAGGAGCUGACGUCAGCAAGAAGAGUUCAGAACUUAGCCAGAGAAACACGGAGACAAAUGCAGAAGAUGGUGAGGAGAAGGUUUCUGAGGAUGAUGUUAACAAGGCUGAUCAGCUGGAAAAAGGACCUGAUCUUUCUCCUCAUAACCGUCUGCCUUGUGGGGACUCCACGACUGUAGGGGUGGAGAACGUUAAGCAGGAGGAGUCCUCAGCACUUGAGGAAGGAUUAGAUGCCAUCGAGCAGCCUUCGGAUUCACAAAAGACUCCAGAACAAACCGUUGGUGCCAAAGAGGUUCCACAAUCAGGGAAAGAUCCAAAGAAAAAGAAGGGCAAAGGCAAGAGUAAGGAGGACUGUAAGAUGUCUUAGUCAGCAGAUGAUAAUGGUUGGUGACCAUAGUCCAACACUCAGGAAGUGGUCUACAUGGCCCACAUGAACACCAGAGAUGGGUGCAGUUUGCAAGGAGCAGGAACAUCUAGCACUGCAUCAGGUGGCAUCACUAGUGUUAUCAGGCGGUUCCCGAAGCAGCCGACAGCAGGUGAAGGUCAGCAGCCACAGUUUGGGAGGUUGAGUCAUAGACAGCAUUAGCGGCACUUUGUGGAGUUUGAUGGGGUCUGAUGUCGCAGUGACUCGAUGUUGGAACCAGAGGCUGGAUGAGAGCAUCCACACACAUUGUUUCAUUGGUACUGUGUAGUAGAACCUCCAGGCCUGAACAGAUAAAUCUGUGCUUCUCCAUGAGGUGGCAGGACCAAAAACCAAGGUUCUAACUUCACUAGAAACUCCAGUGAUGUAUGAUGCAGAACUCCCGCAGCAUCAUACAUCACUGGAGUAACUUUAGCUGUUUUAAACCAAUCACAGCACUGAAGGAAAGAUUUGAAGUUGUUAAGAAGCUGCAAGAACUCCAAUAAAAACAUAAUGUUUUCUUAGAGAACUAAUGUCUCGGCUCUUGUGGAGAUUUUAGUCUCAUAAGCACCAUAGAACCUCAUGCUAACCCACAAAGUGACCCAAUCAAACUCCACUAGGUGCUGCUUAAGCACUGGUGUCACUCCAGACCAACCAGCUGCUUGCACAUUAAAUUACUGGUAUACCCAUCUGUGGUCUGCAUGUGGGCCAAAUUCAGUCAGAAUCAGAUCAGAACCCCUAGGUGCUCUGCUGUUGGUCAGAAAACCUGUGGCUUAUUGCCCCCCCCCUGGUGGUCUGAGUUUAGCUCCACAAGGUAUCGGAUAUUUAGAGCCCCUCAGCAUUUGAUUCAUUACAAUAUGACCUGAAUGUACGUUUGUAGAUGACCUUCAUUAGAAACAUCAGUACCAACCAAGACCAAAGAACCUGAGAGACAUUCAGAGACUUUAGGAGCCGAGCUGCAUUUAUCUCACCCUCUGUUAUCUUGUACUGAUAUCAUAUUUAUGCCAUGAUCACCAUUUACUGUCUUCAUGCCUUUCCAGGGAUCUACUUGUGUAAAUGUUUUUAUUACAGUAACACAAACAGAUGGUUUUUCUCAUUAUGUCUUUAACCAAAGCAGCUUCUACAUGUCUCCUCUGUUACAGCCUUUGGUUUGUAGAGCUUAGAACCUGUUUGAACAUGUUUGCAUCUUGAUGCACUAAAAGCUGUUUGAAACAUUGCUCUAAAUAAACAUGUAAUGAAAGCUUU